CAUUCAGUUGAUGCCUAUUAGCUGCUGGGGUCAUUGUGGAGAGGGAGACGAGGUCCUGAAGACUUGCGAAAGCUCCCCAAGCUAAUGCCUAGGUUUCAGACCACCGGGCUAACACAGACAACCCAGAUUCAUUUGAUUUAUACUAAUUCAGCACAAUACGGUGGAUCACAUAAUCAACAAUCACAAAACAAACCAUUUCUGUGCACUGCCAUUGUGGCUUGUAGCAUUUAUUUGUUCUGAAAUAGGUUGUGCUUCAGACUAUUGAGGGUAGGGUAUAAAUACAGACUGGAUUCUGGCAAACACAUUUCACACAUCUGUUCCCUCUCUCACACGUUGCUUGUGACAUUUUCAGCAUCUCAUCCUCUUAAGAACAGGAAGACAGAAAGCGAGCAGGAGAUACGGAAGGUGUAAGGCCCAGGGAUGCCACAGACUGAGAGUGAGAGGUUGAAGAGUGGGCGACUGAACAGUGGGCGACAUCAACAGCAGCGAGAGCAGCGAGAGGAGCCAGACGCACAUACCCAGCCCAAAGAUUCUGCCUCACCUCAGCUCUGUGCUCGUACCUCUGUUACGCAGACGGGCUUCCCAUUGAUGAUUAGACCUGGAGUUUCACUUAUGGCCUCGUCUCAGCUCCAAAGCAUAUUGUUACGGCAGUGUUCCAGUGAGGAGGAGGGGAGACCGCUCCUGCAACGGGUGUCUCUGUGCCCCCAGUUGAGCCAGCACAGACCCUCUGUUCUACGCCAGGGUGUCCAGGCUGCCCACGUGCGACCGCAGGCACCAUGCACUCUAACAGAGGCCAGUUCAGCUCAGCCCAUCUCACUGUGCAAGGUGGAGGUGGACACAGGGAGCCGUGGACAGUCCUCUCCCCCACACUCUGAGCACUCUCCUGGGCCAACUCGUCACCCCUCUCCCCCGAGGACAGCCAGUCCUAAUAAGCAGAGCUCCAUCAUCACCAGGCAACAUGAGGCAGGUCACCCAACCCUAGAGGGGUCCAGUGCUCUGUUUCUCAACGGAUUCUGCUGCUGGCCUGGCUGCGAUGCAGUAUUUGAAGAAUUCCCCAGUUUUUUGAAACACCUCCACUCUGACCAUGGCCAUGGAGACAGAAGCAUUGCACAGUGGAAGGUACAACAAGACAUGGUGCAAUACAUGGAGACCCAGCUGACUGUGGAAAAACAGAAACUCUUCGCAAUGCAACUACAUCUGCACCUAUCUGGACACAAAUCAACUGUCUUGGCAGCUUCAGACUGGCCCUACAGGCACAGCCUGUCACUAGGCCUGCCCCAGAACCGAGGUGGAGUGUCACACUGCACCACUAAAGAGCCAGAGGAGCUGGUGCAGCACGAGUAUUGGCCCUCUGCUGCUCCCCACCACCUACGGCCAGAUCUUAUCCCGAGUGUUGAGUGUUACAAAUACAACAACAUUAGGCCACUGUACACCUACGCCUGCAUGAUAAGAUGGUCUAUACUGGAGUCUCCAGACAAGCAGCGCUCCCUGAAUGACAUCUACAACUGGUUCACCACCAUGUUCUUCUACUUCCGACACAACACGGCCACAUGGAAGAACGCUGUCCGUCACAAUCUUAGCCUCCACAAGUGUUUUGUGCGAGUGGAGGGAGGCAAGGGGGCCGUCUGGACAGUGGAUGAAAUGGAAUAUCAAAGGAGAAAGGGACAAAAAUACCACAGGGAUCAUCAUGUGAAAUGGCUGGCACCCUACUCCUUAUUUCGUCCAGAGGAACCUUGAACAUAACCACCCCUUCAGUGAAUGAAAAACUACUGGGAAAGGAAGUAACUAGGACCUAUUACUGAAUCAGGCAUUUUUUCAACAAGGCUGGAGAAAAGGCCCUCCAGGAGGGUUGACCCGUCCUGGUCUACAGUAUCUACAGAACCUAUCGUCACCUUCUUUGUUCAGCAGCAGAUGGUGCUACAACAUAGCACAGCCUAGGACUCUUUUGCCUCUAGACUCUUUUAUCAUGAAGAUGUGUGCACGGCUGGAAUGGCUAUACGUUUUGCAGCAUUUGAAAGAAAAAUAUAUACUUAGCAAUUAUUUGUCAAUCAAACUUAGUGAAAGGGUAAACAAUUGUUUUGUUGUGUUGGCUACAUACAGUAUACUCUAUCCCACUGGGCUCAUCAUUGAAAACUGUUGUUUUUGAGGGUGGAAUUUCAACCAUAGGAUAAGUUCAACAUUUUAAUUCAUUUUCAACAUAGACAAACAUUGUAUGAAAUAUAAUUAAUUUGUACCUUUGAAAUAAUGUCAGAUCAUCACUCAAUUAAGUUAGCCAACAAACUUCUGGCUGAUUUAUUGAGUGGGUGAAUAAAGGUUGAAAUCGCAUUGAUCAACGUUUCUACCAAAUAUUACCCAAAUGUCCACAUUGAAAUUAAAUUGUGUGCCCAGUGGGAUGUUACAGCAAGCAUGUACAAUUUUACAUUGUGUUAAAAAAAUAAAAAAUACUCUGCAAUUAUAUGUA